AUGAAGUCAGACAUAGGGCGUACAAUUCAAGAUCAAUUAUCCCAGCAGGACGUACGUUUUACACCAUUUCGUUCAGUAAAUGAUUUUAUUCUCGAUGCAACAUGGAAUGCACCGAAUUUUUCUGAUCUUCCACGUUUGAAUAAACGUAUUGUUAACAAUUUAAUUUAUUAUCAAACGAAUUACUUUGCUUUUGGCAUUGCUCUAUUUCUUCUAGUUGGAAUCAGCUAUCCAAUUGAUUUCCUUUUCGGUUUAGUUGUGGUUUUGGCUGUAUUAAUGGGUUUUGUUUAUUUAUCGUCAUCACCUGGAUUUGGCAAUAAUUCAUUGGCUGCUGCAGAACAAUUUAUUCGUUCAGCUAAAGAAGAUCGACCGUUAAUUGUUCUUGUUGGCAUACUUGGUAUUUCUUAUUUAAUAUUAAGUUUUCUUGGAAAAUUAAUGAUUUUCUUAUUUGGAAUUGUUUUACCUAUUCAAUUGAUUAUUCUUCAUGCUACAUUUCGAACAAGAAAUUUAGCAAAUAAAGUGGUAAAUAAAUUUGAUCGACUUGGUGUUCAAGCAACACCUAUGGGCAUAUUCCUUAGUGCACUUGGAUUACGAAGUUCAUCAUUAUUGGAAUAA